GAUGGCGGCGGCGCCUCCGGAUGAGGCGACCCUCCAGUCUCGUAUCAACAAGGCCACCAACCCGUUGAACAAGGAGACCGACUGGGACAAUGUCAAGGGCUUUUGUGAUCAGCUCAACGAUGAACCAGAAGGUCCCCAGCUUGCAACCAGACUUCUGGCCCACAAAAUCCAGUCUCCUCAGGAGUGGGAGGCUAUGCAAGCGCUAAUGGUUCUGGAGACGUGCAUGAAGAACUGUGGAAAGCGAUUUCACAGUGAGGUGGGAAAGUUUCGCUUUCUCAAUGAGCUCAUCAAAGUGGUGUCACCGAAGUAUUUGGGUGCCCGGGCUCCAGAGCCAGUGAAGAAGAAGGUGUUAGAAAUCAUGUACAGCUGGACAGUGAGGAUGCCCGAUGAGACCAAGAUAGCAGACGCCUAUCAGAUGCUGAAAAAACAGGGCAUUGUCAAGCUGGAUCCUGAGCUUCCUGAUGACAAGCCCCUCCCACCUCCUCCACCCAGAGAAAAAAAUGUCCUCUUUGAGGAUGAGGAGAAAUCCAAGAUGCUGUCUCGCUUAUUGAACAGCAGCCACCAAGAAGAUCUGAGAGCAGCAAACAAGCUCAUUAAGGAAAUGGUCCAGGAGGACCAAAAGCGUGUCGAGAAGGUAUCGAAGCGAUUGAACGCCAUCCAGGAGGUGAAGGAGAGUGUCAGCCUGCUGAGCCAGUUGCUGGAGGGCUACAGCAAGGAGAGCUGCUCCCAGAGCAACCAGGAGCUCAUUAAGGAUCUUUACCAGCGCUGUGAGAAGAUGAGGCCUACACUAUUCCGGUUAGCGAGUGAUACAGAGGAUAGUGACGAUGCUUUAGCCGAUAUCCUGCAGGCCAAUGACAACCUGACUCAGGUCAUCAACCUGUACAGGCAGCUGGUAAAAGGAGAGGAUGUGUCAAAGGAUGGCUUAACCUCGCCCUCACAACCAGGCAGCAGUAGCUCAGCACUCGUAGACUUGAUGGGACUUAACGCGUCAGUCAACACGGGGCCCUCCAGCCUCCAGAGCCUGACUCAGAACAUGGGCAUCAGCCUCUUGGAUGAUGAGCUCAUGUCACUAGGACUGAAUGUAACGGAAAGCCUCGACUCGCAGAACAAUUUCCAGUCCUCUGAUGGCACAGAAUCAUCUGUCCCUGCUGCAGUGUUGCAACCAGCUGUGGUCCAAACACCACAAGCUGCACCAGCAGGGGGGGGCACUGCUCCUCCUAAACCCAUGGAAGAGCUGGAGAUGUUGGGGAAGACAUUGUUACAGCAGUCCUUACCCCCACAGAGCCAGCAGGUCAAAUGGGAUAAGCUCCAACCUCGAUCCAGAGUCUCCUUACGAGAUCUGCAGAGCCAGUGCAGCGCCAGCUCUAGACCGGCUCCUAAUGGAACCGCCAUCCUCUCCGCUGGUCCCGCUCCUCCUCCGGGGCCCACAUUGGCUGUCCAUUCAGAGCAGCCGGACACUCUCCUCCUCUCCAAUCUCAGUCUCGCAGCUGCAGAGAGAGGCUCAUCGGCUGCUACUGACCCCUAUGACAACAUCUCUCUAUCUGACGUCACGGUGCCUCUGGAAGCAAUCAAACCUAGCAGUUUAUUACCAGUGACUGUAUUCGACAAACACAGCCUCCGUGUUUUGUUCACCUUUGCCCGCGACUGUCCUCCGUCACGGUCUGACGUGCUGGUGGUGAUCAUCUCCAUGCUGUCCUCGGCCCCCAUUCCUGUCGCCAACAUCCGCUUUCAGGCAGCUGUACCAAAGGUGAUGAAAGUAAAGCUGCAGCCUCCCUCUAGCACCGAGCUCGCAGCCUUCAGUCCCAUCCUGCCUCCAGCCGCCAUCACACAGAUCCUGCUGUUGGCUAACCCUCACAAGGAAAAAGUGCGUUUGCGGUACAAGCUGACCUUUAACCUGGGGGACAAAUGUCACGAUGAAUCUGGCGACGUGGACCAGUUCCCGCCUCCAAACAGCUGGGGGAACCUGUAGGGAGAAGAACCAGCCUCCUGUCAUCUGAUCUGCUGCUUCCUUUAGAUUUAGGUCGAAGUUGUCCCUCUUCACUGGCUCGAGAUGAGACUGCCUCUUUACACUUCAGUGGUUUCAGACUGUGGUUUGGUAAUACAAACUGACGCGAGACCAGUUGUGGGAACCAGCUUCUACCUUGUGCCUUCCUUCGCGCCUUCCUGUCCUUUUUCAAUCAUCUCCGCGUUCCUGUGUUUCGUACUGUAGAAUUUUCUUUCUUCUUCCAACAAUCAUUCCAAUGCAAAACAUUGAUUCAAUGCAGUGACUUUUGGGAAUUACAAAUGUCUGACAUUAUUUCUCAACUGUAAAGCAACUGUCUAAUGCAUUCCUUACUUUGGACAGCAUGAGCAAAGAUGUCCCACAUUCAGAGUGUUGUCACAGUUUGUGUGUCCGACGGUGGUCAGAGUAGGGUUGAAACAAAUCAUUAUUUUCUUUCGGUGCAUCAAUAAUACUUUUCAGUUAAACUUAAAGUCGGUUACAUGCUUAAAGUGAUGUUUACAGUCUGACCAACAGCCAAAACACUCUAUGUAUUCACCCUAUGAUCUGGAGUAGUUUGUAUUUUUACCUGAUAAAUAACAUGAUUAUCAGAAUUUGAAUUAAUUUCCUAUCAAAUGAUGAAUGAAUUGUGUCGGCACUUCAUCGGUGUUGAAGGAAGAGCAGCUUCAGUGGGUGUAAUAGUCGGAUGCUAGCUUGCUAAACUUUUAGCAAAUCACUUGAGUUGCAUCUGGAAAAGAUGAAACUAAAUUGAAUGAUCACUUUGAAAUUGUUGAAGUGCUUUUCCCUUCUAUUCAGUGGAGACGGUAUCUCCUGGUAGCAUACAUGAGGAAGUGGUACAGUUUUUAAGUAUUGCUUUGGUUUUAAUAUUUAUGUCGUCUACGCUGUGACAAGCAGCAGACUUGUCACAGGAGCACAGGUGUUUAAUAAGUUGUCAAUGUCUUCUGUGAAGGACUACGAAGGAAGGGUACGAAACAUCUGCCCGUUAAAAUACUGAAAUUUAGCUUUUCAUUUCUGCACUUUUCUUUAUUUUUGAACGAUUGGGACACUUUUUAUGUUAUGUUUCACUCAGAAUUUUAGUUUUGUUAUUUUACACAGCAUGAACUAUCAUGCACUUAUUUUGUUUUAUUUUACACAUGAACCCAUUUCAUAUCACAAUACAUUGUCUUUUCUCAUUUGCUGCCUUUCUACUGUUGAUCGACCCAAAGAGGGACGCGUGAAGUCCUGAGUUGACGUUGCGUACACACGGUUUGAUUCUACCACACGUGCCUGAGAUGAAACGGUUGAUUUUCAUUUGCUCUUGUACAUAUAUGUAUCCAGAUGACUAGUUUGAUCUUUGUUUCUGUUUUCAUACGUCCACGUCCGUGACGCAUCUAAUGAUGUUCCAGAACCGUCCUUAUAACCACGGCCAUUGAGUUGACUGGAGCACUAAGUGUCAUAAAGAUUCAAAUAAAAUGAGAUUGGAGGCA